AUGGCGGACCCCCCGACAGGCCAGCCGCCUAACCCCCCGCCGGACUCCCCGCCGAGCGACAAGACUAGUAGGAAGAGGAAGGAGCUCUCGUGGUCUGAUUUAGACGAGGAUGAGGACGAGUCUUGGGCUACCCCGGAGCAGCUUAUAGACUCACUUCCGCCACUCCAUGGAUACGCGUCGUCGUCGGCUCAGUCAGUCCCACCAAUCCCAGAACGAAGCCUCAAGCGUCGGCCUGGGUCAGGUGUUCCGCCUGAUUUUUCGGAGGAGGAUGAAAACCUUUCUGAGCCUAGUUCGGCCACCCAGUCGCGUUUCACAGAGCACUUUGAGUCGCAGCACCCCGGCCCACCAGCUGAAGGCGUCGACCGACGAGACCAUGCCGAGCAAAAUGAGUACGCCGCAGAAACCGCACACGUUGAACAUGUCGAGUAUCAUGAGUACAUCACAGAAGCCGCACACGGUGAACAUGCCGAGCACCAUGAGUACAUCACAGAAGCCGCGCACGUUGAACAUGCCGAGCACCAUGAGCACAUGACAGGAGUCGCACACGUCGAGCAUGCCGAGCACCAUGAGUACAUGACAGGAGCCGUACACGUCGAGCAUGCCGAGUAUGAGAUAGAUUGGGAGGACGAUAACGAUUACAUUGCGCGCUCGCCCCCGAGGCCACUCGGAUCGGGCUUGUUGGCCGAGGAUGGUGAUUAUAUCGACCUAGACCGUGGCUGUCGUUAUGAGGUUUGCUUGUACUCGCCGGACGACAUGCGCCGGCAAGACACUUACAAGAAAAACUUUGGCCUGGGAGACAGCGGUUCCGAGGACGAAGACGAGUCAGACACAUCGUCAACGGCUAGCAAGGGUAGCCUUUUCUAUGACGGUUCUUACGAGCCCAUCAUUCUACUCGAAUUCCGAGGCAACUCUUUUACCUACUACAGCUUCGUUAUGGUCACGACCAGAUGCCCUGCGCGAGCGCUCCGAAAGACAUACUGCGUGCACCAGAUGCUAUUGCAUGUCAGUUGGGUCAUGCAAAGCACCGACUUUGGCGUCUCCCCAGAGCGGCUUUUCAGAAUUGCCGAGAGCGUGAUGGAUACCGCCUGGAAGGUGAUGACUUUGGACGAGCGAGAACACACUUCGCAUCCCCUGACCGACGAGCUGAAGGUGUUUGCAUUACACCUCUCGAGGGCAGUAAUUGGGAGCGGUUACAUCAUGAAGGAGCCGUAUCGGAUGUUGGUAAAUCAGAUCACACCCCAGCUAGCUGCGCGCCUUGGACUGCGGCAUUGGUCCAAAGACGGUUGUUGGCCCAAUGGUGAGAAUCCAGGGGCUAGCUUAUCAUCCGUUUGGAGGGAUAACAACUAUCCGGUCAUCCUUGGGACUGAAGAGCCAAACGGUGAUUCCCGGGUCGACUUGGAUGAAGCUAACCAAGGCGUGAUUGAGCCAGAGCAAGAUGGCAACGCUGCAGUCGGACCAGAGGCUGACGACACCGUGACCGACACGGGGAAAGAUGACAAAGCUGUGGCCGGAUCAGAGGGGAACAGCAGCACCGUAACUGGACCAGGAGGGGAUAAAAAUGCCGUGACCGAGUCAGCGGAGGGCAUUAUUCAGCCGGAAGGUCAGCCUGAGCCUCAGAAACCGGACACUGAAACCGAGGAUAACGCGAAAAUAGAGCGUCCAGAUUGGAUGCCAAAGGGUGUCCCAGAGGACAAGAAUUAUCCGUGGGUACCGCAAUGGGGGGUCGACAAUAAUGCUGAGAAUCAGAAGGCUCACGCUGAAUCGUCGAAUCAAGCUGGGCCGUCAAAUCAGGUACCUGCGCCGACUCCCGACACCACCCCCGACCCGGCCCCUGCGCUACCACCUAAGCCGGUUGCCGAAAAUAUUGCGGAAGCGUCUGGGGCGGCUCCAAAGGCGCAGGCAAAAGAUCAGCUUGCUCCCAAGACCCAGCCAGAUAUCCAGCUAGCCCCCAUCGUGCAGUUAGAGAGCCAACCGGCCCCCGUCGUGCAGCCAGGAGACCAGUCGACUCCCGGAGAUCCGCCAGGAGACCAGUCGGCCCCAGGAGACCCGCCAGGGGAUCCACCGGCUACGUCGCCGCAGGGGAACGGGAAUCAACAGGGCCCUCCGGCGCGAAGAAAAUGGUAUAAACGGGUAUGCAGUUGCUGUUUUCCGGCAGAUGAUGAGGUUAUUCCGCAGGCUGUUCCACAGGCCGCUCUUGAUGCACAGACAGAUAAUCAGCCAGCCCCCGAGGCUCAAUCAGAGAACCAAGCUGCUCCAGGGGCUCAGCCCGGUGACCAGACAACCUCUGAGGUGCAGUCAGGGGACCAGUCAGCUCCAGCAGGCCAGCUAGGCGGCCAACCGGCUCCAGAGAACGAGAACCAACACGACCGUCCAGCGCUAAGGCUGUUCCAGAGGAUGCCCCAGAGGAUAUCCCAGAGGAUAUCCCAGGGGAAGGUCCUUUUUGGGACGAUGCCCCAGCGGAUGCCCCAGCGGAUGUCCCACAAGAUGUUCCAGUGA